AUUUUUAACAAAAUUAACUUCAAUUUUACUUUUACAUAAAAUGAAUCUUUGGUUUAGUGGGUAUAUUCCCUUAUUAUUUUAUUAAAUUUAUUUAUUUAGCCAAAUAAGGUAUUUCUACUAUAUUAGCUAUGCUUUACAAAGUAAUGCUUCAGGACUAAUUCAAAAUGCAAAGCGUUUGAAUCAGAGGUCUGUAUUUAAAAAAUGUGAUAUGCUAUUUAAAUAUAUUCAAAACUAACAGACUACUUACUGCCCGAAGUAUUAAAAAUAAAAAAUAAAUCGGAUAUAAAAGGGCGUAACACCCCAAGUCAUAUUAAUUGUAGUCUAUGGCUUUUUUGGCUGUCAAGAAAAAGAAACAUACAAAGUGUGUGACGCUAUUAGUUCAUUUCAUUGUUCUUUGAUAGCUAUAGUUAUAAAAUAAUAUACAAUCACAAAUACCUAGUUAAAAUAGAAUAAAAUGAUGUCAAAGGUCUGCAUUCCACGAACACAAGGCGGCAAAGGCAAUCGGGGUAUGUUUAUUGAAAGAGAUCCACAUAGAAUAAUUGCCGCAGGCAAAGUCACGGAACAAGGUACGGAAAAAGUUAGCGAUCAUCUUCAACAUUAUUUGCUAAAAGACCAUGUAGACGCACUUAUUCAUGAUGCCAUAAUACCCGAACCAAAAGACCUGCCUAGGCGCCAGAAAACUGUUGACAUGCGAAACGCCGGACCGUUUACAGAAGCUCGUGAUCUCAUAAACCCUCCAAUUCCAACUAAAUUUACAACUUUAGUAGUGGAAUUGAGAAAUACGACAUAUAAUUCUUAUUGGAACAAGUGCGUUGGACAAACACGUGAUCAAACACCCUUAUUACCUGAGGGAGCUCGUGCUGAUGACAGAAGAUUGGGUAUUAAAACGAAAGGUAGUGAAAAUCUAUAUGAUCUAAUAAUGCCAAAAGUAAAACCACCCGAUAACACCUCACCAAAAAAACAGGUGGGUUAUAAAACUGAUCGUAAUUAUUGUAAGCCACCAUAUGAUCCUCAACAAAGAUUUGGCGUAAAUUGUAAAGCAGAUAAAAGAGGAAUAUACGUUAAAUGUUGCUUAUCUGAUAAGAGCGUACUGGGAGGAGGUACUGGUUAUACUCGAGUAUCAUCUUUAGAUGCAGAUAUGAAAGAUUAUAAACAUGCUAAAGUUGGGCUUCCAAGAAUGCCAAACGCUAAUAUCGAAUGCGUACCUCCAGGGCAUUCUUUUGGAAAAUUAGAACCCAGGGACGGAAUUUUUGGAUGUUUUACAACUUGUGGAUUAAAUGCUGGAAGACCUUUUUACUUGGAAUGUCUUGCCGAUUUAAACACUUUGCGCAAAUUUUUAUCUAGACGCUUCGAUUCAAAUUUUUUUGCAAAUUUCUAUUUAAAAUUAAAAUAUUUGGAUAAAGAGAAGUCAGGAUGGCUUCCCAAAGAAGUUGUUUAUGAAAAAUGUACAGCUGCAUUCAUACGAUUCAAACCUGCUACCAUUGAGCCUCUUCUUGAACUAUGGGGGGCUCUCGAUGGCUCUCUAAUUGAAUAUAAGAAGUUCGUUCAUAUCAUUAAUUUUAGAGAACCAUCACCUAAAUUGCCGAAGAUUAUAGAUAUGCUGCCCGACUGUGUAGAUUUUACUACAACGUAUAGAGAAAUGAUAAAGCCCGGACAAGAAUUAGACACAAGGCCAAUGGCAGGUCUGCCAUCUGGGAGAUAUUUCGAUGAAGACUACCCUGUAACGCCUGAUGAUUACUGUAAGGCAGACAGAAUUAGUCUUCCACAAGAAACUGACGCAAAAUGUUGUAUAAAUCCAAGUGCGUUAUCAAUACUUGGAAUCACUCAUCGUGAUAUGUACGCCAAACGGUCACCAGAACUUGUGAGAAGCGUGUACGAUAAGGCGGGUGUACACUUGACCGAUGAAGAAUUCAAUGGGAUUUGGGAAGAGGCCAAGAAACACCACUCCCAAGGAUGGGUUUGUUUUGAAACAUUCAAAAGAGUAUAUGACCAUAAGUAUGGUAACGAAGUAUAGUAAAAGCAAUCAAAGACAUGAGGUAGGAGUCAAGUUUACAAUUAUUUAUAGCUUCCAUUAUAAGUUGUACUCUUAAUUUAUGUGAUUUGUGUAUAAUGUACUUAGUUUUAGAAUAAAUGUUGUUAAGAUUUACUUUAA